CAGCUCACAGCAAGUUGAUUAUUCUGUUAACCAUCCUCUUGACUAUCCUCUUCGUCCAAAGAUCGAACUAGAAACGCUAAUAGUCAACUACCUACUACUCGGCGAACAGUAUGCCAGCUUCGAAAAUGGGCCGGAGACUUGGUAGUAUAACGGGCGCGUUCGCCGCUCUCACGGCAUUGGUAUCUUCAACUUCCGCGAUUCCCUUUGGUGUACAAAUCUAUUCAUGUACAACGCCUGGAGUUAUUGCGUCGGCUUUUGAUGACGGGCCGUGGAUUUACUCGGAGGAUAUACUUGAUCGCAUGGAAGCAGCGGGGUUUACAGCGACGUGGUUCAUCAACGGAGAUAACAAGGGGAAGAUAUACGAUUACAACUCUACCGCCUCCCCCUCCACAAACUUCACCCAUACAAGAACAUCAACUGAUCGCAAUACUAGAUGGAGUCACGCCAACCUCUCCUCCCUCUCCCCCACCGCCAUACGCAACGAAAUGACAUUUCUAGAAGACGCCAUGACAAACAUGCUAGGCUUCUUCCCCUACUACAUGCGCCCACCUUUCCUCGCCGCAAACAGCCAAGCGCUCGGUGUGCUGAAAGAACUCGAGUACCACGUGAUCAUCAGCGACCUCAACACCAAAGACUGGAAAUACCAAUCCGCAGAUACAAUUAGAGAAGCAAAGGAAAUGUUCGAUCAAGGGCUAGAGAGGGGGUAUAGUAUUGUUGAGGCGCAUGAUCAGGCAGAAUGGACACAGGGCGAGUUAAUUGAUUACAUGAUCAAGGUUGUGCGGAAGAGAAGUAUAAAAA